GGAGGGGUGUAAGAGAGACGGGCACAGAGCAUAUAAAAAGGAGACGCUACUGCUAACUAAAUACACAGAGCGCUUCUCUCACGCCACUUGCUCUUUCUCUGUCUCUCUUUUCUUGGGAUACAGAAUUUCUCAUUCAAUGACCAUUUAGUUUCUUCUUCCUCUUCAUCUCUCUGUAUAAUCUUGUUGAUUGAAUCAUCUGGGUUUUCUAGCCGUGAAAGAGUACUUGAGCACACAUCAUGGGGGACAAGGCAGCAAUCAGCCUUGACCAGAUCAAGAACGAAACUGUUGAUCUGGAACGAAUUCCAGUUGAUGAAGUGUUUGAGCAGUUGAAAUGUACCAAAGAGGGUUUAUCAUCAGAGGAAGGAGCCAACAGGCUUCAAAUCUUUGGGCCAAACAAGCUAGAAGAGAAGAAGGAAAGCAAGCUGCUCAAGUUCUUGGGGUUCAUGUGGAAUCCCUUGUCAUGGGUCAUGGAAGCUGCAGCUAUUAUGGCUAUUGCUUUGGCCAAUGGAGAUGGGAAGCCCCCAGAUUGGCAAGAUUUUGUUGGUAUUGUUUGUUUGCUUGUCAUCAACUCCACCAUCAGUUUCAUUGAAGAAAACAAUGCCGGAAAUGCUGCUGCCGCCCUUAUGGCCGGUCUUGCCCCUAAAACAAAGGUACUUAGGGAUGGCAAGUGGAGUGAGCAGGAUGCUGCCAUUCUAGUUCCAGGUGACAUCAUUAGUGUUAAAUUGGGAGAUAUCAUCCCUGCGGAUGCACGUCUUCUUGAGGGUGACCCCUUGAAGAUUGAUCAAUCUGCCCUCACUGGAGAGUCACUACCUGUCACCAAGAAUCCCGGGGAUGAGGUUUUCUCAGGUUCAACUUGCAAACAAGGUGAAAUUGAAGCUGUUGUUAUUGCCACUGGUGUGCACACGUUCUUUGGAAAGGCUGCACACCUUGUUGAUAGUACCAACCAAGUUGGGCACUUUCAAAAGGUGCUCACUUCAAUCGGGAACUUCUGUAUUUGUUCCAUUGCGAUUGGUAUGGUGAUUGAGAUCAUAGUUAUGUACCCGAUUCAGCACCGCAAGUAUAGGGAUGGGAUUGACAAUCUCUUGGUGCUCUUGAUUGGUGGCAUUCCAAUUGCUAUGCCCACCGUUUUGUCCGUAACAAUGGCUAUUGGUUCUCACAGACUGUCUCAGCAGGGUGCCAUCACCAAACGCAUGACUGCCAUUGAAGAACUGGCCGGGAUGGAUGUCCUAUGCAGUGACAAAACUGGGACACUGACCCUUAACAAGCUAGGUGUUGACAAAAAUUUGGUAGAGGUGUUCGCAAAAGGUGUUGAAAAAGAUCAUGUGAUCUUGCUUGCUGCCAGAUCUUCCAGAACAGAAAAUCAAGAUGCCAUUGACGCUGCCAUGGUUGGAAUGCUUGCUGACCCUAAGGAGGCAAGGGCUGGCAUUAGAGAGGUUCACUUCUUUCCAUUCAAUCCCGUUGACAAAAGGACUGCAUUGACUUACAUUGACUCUGAUGGAAACUGGCACCGUGCAUCUAAAGGAGCCCCUGAACAGAUCCUUACCCUUUGCAACUGCAAGGAAGAUGUUAAGAGGAAGGCUUUUAGUGUCAUCGACAAGUACGCAGAACGUGGGCUCCGUUCAUUGGCUGUUGCUAGACAGGUGGUUCCGGAGAAAAGGAAGGAAAGCCCUGGUGCUCCAUGGGAGUUUGUGGGCUUGUUACCCCUCUUUGAUCCACCUAGGCACGACAGUGCUGAAACCAUCCGCAGAGCACUUAAUCUUGGCGUUAAUGUCAAGAUGAUCACUGGUGAUCAACUUGCUAUUGCUAAGGAGACUGGCCGACGUUUAGGAAUGGGAACAAACAUGUAUCCAUCUGCUACCUUGCUUGGUCAAGACAAGGAUGCCAGCAUAGCUGCUCUACCUGUGGAAGAGUUGAUUGAGAAAGCAGAUGGGUUUGCUGGCGUGUUUCCAGAGCAUAAAUACGAAAUUGUCAAGAAGUUGCAGGAAAGGAAACAUAUCUGUGGUAUGACUGGAGAUGGUGUCAACGAUGCACCUGCUUUGAAGAAGGCAGAUAUUGGAAUUGCUGUUGCCGAUGCUACAGAUGCUGCAAGAGGUGCCUCUGACAUUGUUCUAACAGAACCUGGUCUAAGUGUCAUUAUCAGUGCAGUGCUAACUAGCAGGGCUAUCUUCCAGCGGAUGAAGAAUUAUACUAUUUACGCUGUCUCCAUCACAAUCCGUAUUGUGUUUGGCUUCAUGUUUGUCGCUCUGAUAUGGAAAUUUGACUUCUCCCCAUUCAUGGUUUUGAUUAUUGCCAUCCUAAAUGACGGGACGAUUAUGACUAUCUCAAAGGAUCGAGUGAAGCCAUCUCCAUUGCCUGAUAGCUGGAAAUUAAAGGAAAUUUUUGCUACUGGAGUUGCACUCGGUGGUUACUUGGCAUUGAUGACUGUCAUAUUCUUCUGGGCAAUGCAUAAAACUGACUUCUUCCCCGACAAAUUUGGCGUAAGAAGUAUCAGGGAUAGUGAGCAUGAAAUGAUGUCCGCUUUGUAUCUACAAGUUAGUAUUGUGAGUCAAGCUCUUAUUUUUGUGACUCGGUCAAGGAGCUGGUCCUAUGUUGAGCGCCCUGGAAUGCUAUUGAUGGGUGCCUUCCUGGCUGCGCAACUGGUUGCAACUGUAAUUGCCGUAUAUGCCAACUGGGGCUUUGCAAAGGUUAAGGGAAUUGGUUGGGGAUGGGCUGGUGUCAUAUGGCUUUACAGCAUCGUCUUCUACGUCCCACUCGACUUAAUGAAGUUUGCCAUCCGUUACAUCCUCAGUGGGAAGGCCUGGCUCAACUUGCUGGAGAACAAGACUGCCUUCACAACCAAGAAAGACUUUGGAAAAGAGGAGAGGGAGGCUCAAUGGGCUCUUGCUCAGAGGACUCUUCACGGGCUUCAACCACAAGAAACGUCUAAUGUCUUCCCCGAAAGGGGCAGCUACCGAGAGUUAUCUGAGAUUGCUGAGCAGGCUAAGCGACGAGCAGAAGUUGCAAGGCUUCGGGAGCUUCUUACCCUCAAGGGGCAUGUCGAGUCAGUGGUGAAGCUCAAAGGGCUGGACAUUGAUACCAUUCAGCAGCACUACACUGUAUAGAGAGGAAAGCAUUUCUCGAACUGGAUGGGCUGCGUUCCAAUGGUGUACACAAAUCAAGAAAAUAAACAAGACCUAAAUCCAACACAAAAGAAAAGGAGAGGAAGAGAGAGAGACUAUCUAACAAGGAUGAACAUGUUCAUGCCAUCAAUCUAGUCUACUUUCUUUGUUUUUUUAAUUAUGUAUUUCAAUGUGUCCGAACUCCGAAGAAUGCUACUAGCUAAUGCUGCCUACUUCUUGGUCUUAUGAGCAACAGCAUUGUAAUGCACUUUUUAUUAUGUAUUUCAAAGUAUCCGAAGAAUGGCUAGCUAGCUAGCUAGCUACUUGCUUUCUCAUAUA